AAACCCAUUUAUAGUGCAAUCUAGUGUUGCGUGGUGUUAUCAGACAUAUUUAUCACAUCCUACUUUUUGAAUUCUAUAUAGUUCAGGCAAAAGUGUUCAUAUGGGCGAGGUGGUAUAAAGCACAGACACUCAACAAUGUGGCAUUGAGAAAGCCUGGAUUCGAAUUCUGUCCCGAAUAUUUUUUCUAACAACAACUCUUCGUGGCUGCUAGUGUAAACUUUCAGUUCAUAGAUAAAAAGCAACACAUAAAUCACGUAUGAAAUGAAUACCACAAAACUGGUAAAGUGUCAUUAAUAAAUGUAAACUACGUAAAAUUGUGGGGUGACGGGGAUGUGUGUCUGGCAAAAGUUAACGUUCUACACAAAUGUUUAAAUUUUUGUAUGGUCACAAGUCAACGAGGAAGGAGGAAAAGUCUGAGAUGACCCAAUUUUGGUCUACGUUAUUUAACUCUUCCUGCGUAGCUGUGAAGCAAGUUUUUGUCCAGUUGGGAGGUAAUGCUUGAUAUAAGAGCAUACAAUCGAGACAGGAAGCAGUUGUGGCGUGGUAUAAACCGCAGAGCUCAGUGAAAGUCAUGGCACAAAUUGUGAAAUAAAAGAGCAUGGCUCACAAACGUUUACAGUUGUUUAUUCCUCGAGCUCUUCGAAGACGAUUCUUCAUUGCUCCAGAAUAAUAAUGAAAUUUAUAACUGUUAUCUGUGUGUUUUGUGCGAUCCGCUACCAUGAGGCAGCAAAGGUAUCCAGCGACUGCUCCUACUGUACCGCCAAUACAAUUGGCAGUAUUGAUUAUGAAGUCCUGCUUGGAAAACUGGAAGAUAUCGAGGUCAAAUUCUGGAAUAUGUGGCUUGAGAUGAAAGAACAAACCGAAAAGGUUAACAACAACCAUAUACGUUCCAAGGAUACACAUAACCUCAUUAUGCGGCAGUUGACCCGGCUGGAACAAGUAGUUGGUCACAACAUGACCACCGUCAUGGAGCGUUCGUCUGAGAUUUUGCAGCAGUCCCUAAAGUGUGCAAAUCGUGAGAACUGGAAAAAGUCAGUACUCGCAAUGCAACUUGGUGAAAGAUCAAAUCGCAGACUAGAUGAUUUGAAACCAUUCAAGUCUUGCUCCGAUGUUUCAUCGUCUGCAUCGGGAAGGUACAAAAUACAUCCAAUGAGCUUCGAGGAACCAUUUGAAGUGUAUUGCGAACAGAAAGUAUUUGGCGGAGGAUGGAUUGUUGUGCAGCAUCGCUUUGAUGGAUCAGUUGACUUUUACCGGAACUGGACUGAAUACAAAAAUGGAUUCGGAAGUCUUGACGGAGAAUUUUGGAUUGGGUUGGAGAAACUUCAUCGUCUUACAAAAGGUGGAGACCAGCAACUACUUGUAGAGUUGAAAGAAUUCAACGGAAACCAUGUGUUUGCGCGAUACGAUGAGUUUGAGAUUGGGACUGAAAGUGAGAAAUAUGCAUUGAAGAAGCUGGGAAGUUACAGUGGAACCGCUGGAGAUUCAUUGCACUUUCACCAAGGCAAAAAAUUUUCAACCAAAGAUAACGAUAACGAUCUAUCUCCUUCCAAUUGCGCUGAAAUAUAUACGGGUGCAUGGUGGUACAACGCCUGUCUUCAUAGUAACCUCAAUGGAUUAUAUAAGGCAAAAGAUCAUGGAAACGGUAUGGGCUGGUAUCAUCUAAGCAGUUAUAAGGAUGGAUUAGCAUAUUCCCGAAUGAUGAUUCGUAAAGCUCCCAAUAAUAUUGGGACCUGCCCGUGGAUCCAGAUGUGAAUGCAGCAGUAAAUAACCAUGUCAGAGUACCCACGUCCAGAUUUAAUAAACAACCUGAAUAUGGGUACUCUGUUGCGGUUAUAACAAUGUUUAUCCAUCACAUUCAACUCGGCAACAUACCGCACUUCAAAUUAAUAGCUGCUAAUUUCGUUGCUUAUCAUCGAAAAAAUUAUUGAAUUGUAAAUAAAAAUGUUUAUGUAUGUA